CUCAUAAGUGUUGUUGCAGAUACGGAUAGAGAAGACUGACCCCUGAAAAAUACGUUCUAUGAUGAGAUAGUUUUGUUGAGCAUCUGAAGAAGACGCCUGAAGACCAGCAGUCUCAGCCUCACAGAAGAUGAGUUCUCAGCAGUUCCCCCGCACUGGAGUACCUCCCCCAGGCCUUGGGCAGGCUCAGGUACCCGGGCCAAGUGGCACCAUGGGGGCUGGGAGUCAGUCAACCCCAGGAGGCAGCGAGGAGAGUUGCCGUGAUCCCGAUCACAACUCACGCGAUCACCCUCCUGGGAGCGGUGGAGGCAGCGGGAGUGGUGGGGGCCUACCGUUCCGGGAUGAGAAGCAGGAGACUGUGGUGGUUAGGCCCUACCCACAGGUGCAGGCGCACAGCCAGCCUCUCACCAUGGCCCAACAUCUGCCCAUUCAGGCUGGCACACCUGUCACUGUGUCUGCCACGCCCACUCACCUACCACAGGGCCUCCCACUAGCAUUCGCAGAGGGCCCUAUGAAGUCCACCCUGAAGACAUCCAUGCCAAGUCGCCUGAUUGCCCCAGCGCCAGCCUCCAACCAGGGCCACCUCACCAAAGUGCCGGGUCAUGUCACCGUUACCAUGGAGAACAGCAUGCCUCAAAGUUCAGCCAUUCCUGUGGCGACCAUCAGCGGGCAGCAGGGUCACUCUAGCAACCUGCAUCACCUGAUGGCAGCCAAUGUGCAGAUCAUCCGCAGCAGUACACCCGCGCUGCAGAUAGGGUCAUCAGCCCCCCCUCCGCAUACCUUCACUUCCCACCUGCCCAGAGGAGCAGCUGCCGCAGCUGUCAUGUCCAGUACUAAAGGUCCCACUGUCCUGCGGCCAGCCUCGGGUCCGAGUGCAGGGGCUGGCCAGCCCACUGUCCAGCACAUCAUUCACCAGCCAAUUCAGUCGCGCCCUGUGGUCACUACAUCUACGGCGGUGCUUCCCACUGUGGUGGCCCCAGUCUCAGCCACUAGGGCCCAGUCACCUGUCAUUACCACAACAGCCACACAUCCGGCAGAAAUUUUGCAUGGACGUCCAGGGCUGACUAUCCACCCCCCGCCACCUGCUACUAUCAGCAUACAGCGUCCGCCCUCCUCACGGGACACAGCCACACGCAUCACCCUGCCUUCCCACCCAGCUAUUGGGACACCGAAGCCUCAGGCGCCCCACACUAUGACUCAGAAAUCCAUCUUUAGCACUGUGACUCCGGUUGCUGCGGCAACAGUGGCUCCCAUCCUGGCUACGAAUACUGUGCCUUCACCAACCACUACAGGCUCUGUGUCCCACACCCAAAUGACCACCAGCAACAUUGUUACCAUGACAAUGGCCUCCCAUUCCUCUCAUGCCACAGCAGUGACCACCUCCACCAUCCCAGUAGCCAAAGUGGUCCCGCAGCCCAUUGCUCACACCUCUCCCCGCAUUCAGCCCGAAUACCCUGGGGAGCGCGGGAACCUUAUCCCCAUCUCCGGACACCGCUCGUCCCCCAAUCCCGUUACCAUGGAGGCCAGGAGUGACAACAGACAGCCUGUGCCAGUGCAGUUCCAGUACUUCCUACCUACAUACCCCUCUUCUCCAUACCCACUGACGCACACAUACACCCCCAUCACCAGCACGGUGUCCACCAUUCGCCAGUACCCAGUGACUCCCCAGGCACCCAGCUCGGCGAUGCCAUCUCAGGCUGGAGUGGGCGUGGCGUCUGCUGUUCAUCUCAACUCCAUGCAGUUGAUGACAGUGGACCGCAUCACCCAGAUCAGUACGCAGGGCAUCCAACCGGCUGCCAUGGCUGCGCAGAGCAUCCAGUCGGGCCCAGUCGGGACCCAGGGUCUGCACACCUCUGCCCCGAUUGGCGCACAGAGCAUCCAGCCUGCACCUCUCAGUGCCCAGCAGCCGCAGGCGGAGGCCAAAGCAUCAGUGGUCCUAGCAGAUGGUUCCACUCUGGUGGCCAAUCCCAUUGGCAGCACUUUUGGUGCUGCACCACCAGUCACCACAGCAACGGGGACACACCCUCAGGGCAGCAGUUCCAGUGCUCCCACCUUGGUGUCAUCGCCUAGGCCAAGCAUCCUGCGCAAGAAGCCUGCCAGUGAGAGUUCUGCUGUGCGGAAAAAUCUGAUCCCAGCUCAGCCCAGCGAGGCCACAAGUCCACGACUGGAUGGUACCAUAAGGAGCGCGUCGGGAUCACCGAGGCCGGCAGGAGUGAAGACAAAGUCCGACAUCCACGUGGCUAUUGCACCCCCAGUGCCAGCCCCUAUGGAGGCCUUGCCCAGCCAGAUCAGUGAGCAGUCGCAGCAACAGCAGGCCACGCCCUCUCCUGCCCAGCACCCCUCACAGGCUGUGCCCACCCUCCUGGCAGCAACUGGCCCACCCUCGCAGUCAGCUGCAGCUCUGUCUGCCAUCCCUGCCGCUGUGACUGUGGCCCCACCCAUCCCCGCUUCCAUGGCUAAUGUGGUGGCUCCUCCCACGCAGCCGGCAGCCAGCAGUACGGCUGCCUGUGCCGUCAGUGCCACCCUCCCUGAGAUCAAAAUGAUUAAGCAGGAGGUGGAGCCAAUGGACACGUCACAGCCAGUGUCUUCCAUGACGCCUGGUGCAUCUGCCAUGUUGGCCCCCCUGGGAAACGCGCUGGGUGUCCCUGGGGCUGAUGUCAUCCCUGGUGCCUCGCCCAGAAAGAAGCCCCGCAAGCAGCAACACGUGAUCUCCACAGAGGAGAGCGAGAUGGUGGAGACCAAUAGCACGGACGAGGAGAAGGCUGUGCCCCGACCUCCCAGCAUCCGCCCGGAGAAGCGCAAGUCACCCCCCAAGGAAUACAUUGAUGAAGAAGGUGUGCGCUAUGUACCUGUACGCAUACGCCCUCCGGUUACGCUCCUGCGACACUACCGCAACCCCUGGAAGGCAGCCUAUCACCACUUCCAGAGAUACAGUGACAUCAGGGUUAAAGAGGAGAAGAAAGGAACUCUCCAGGAUGUGGCCAAUCAGAAGGGUGUGGUGUGCAGAGCACAGGGCUGGAAGGUUCACCUCUGUGCUGCACAGUUGCUCCAGUUGACGAGCCUGGAGCGUGACGUCUACAGCAGGCUGACCACCCUCCAGGAGGGACUCAUCCCGAAGAAGAAGGCUGGGGCUGAUGAUGAACUUCACCGCAUCAACGAGCUCAUCCAGGGUAACAUGCAGCGCUGUAAGCUGGUGAUGGAUCAGAUCACAGAGGCCCGUGAUGCCAUGAUGAAGGUGCUGGACCACAAGGACCGGGUGUUGAAGCUGCUCAACAAGAAUGGUGGGGCCAAGAAGGUGUCCAAGCUAAAGCGCAAGGAGAAGGCCUGAGGAACCUCACUGAGCUCACAGUGUAAAUUAUGAAUACGAGAGGUCCUCUGUGGACCUUCAUGCUUCCUGAGCAAGUGUUUCAUAUUUCAUUUGACAUUUUUGGCAUAAUUUGAGUCAGUCGAGUUCUCCAUUUAAGAAGCCAGACAUUAUUUUGUGAUUGGUGACUGAACAGAUGGGACAAGUCUUACUCCUAGCUCUCUGACGGCCAGAUGGGUGUGCUUUGGUUUCGUUUUGGCACAUUGGAGUACCUCUGGAACUCAUACAUUUCUUCUCCCUUGGAAGUUACCUUGUCCCUCUUUCUGAUGGGACUGCAUGCGUUGGCAGUGCAGUUGUGUUGCUGCGGCUGCUGCACUACGGAAACAGGACUUGGUCUCAGAGAACAGGCACGUCCUUACAGGACAAAUGAGCAAUCGCUGACACACACUCUGCGAACAGCAGUGGGAAAGACUCCUAAGCUGUACCCAAAUGUGUCCUGACUUUUGUGCCUUUUAGGAAGAUUCAUUUCCUGAAAUGAGUGCAAGUGCUGAUCUUUCUCAAGUCUCCCUCUUGCUUUUUAAUGUAAACCUGAACCUUUCAACCUGGACCUUGGUCAUACAGUGUGGACUGUAUCACUGAUAUUAAUUCUGUUGCGUUUAAAUUUAUAUCAGAUUUUUCCCCUAAAAAGUCAAGUGUUAGAAUAUUCCAAUUUGAAUUUUCUUUUAUAAGAGAGUAUAACAUUAAAACAUUUAAAGUAUGUGAUCAUGAGAAAAUUCCUCCUGGUUAAAAAUAAGUGUGAACUGCUGAAAUAUUAAUGUAGCCUCUCAAAGAAUAACACCACAUCUUACUGGAUGUCCUGCAUUUUGAACAAAGCUCAUACUGGUGUGUAUUUGCUAGUGUGUGUGGUUUUACAUCUUCAGAGCUGAUUGCAUUUCCUCGAGCAGUAUCUAGGAUUAGGCUGUUCCCAUCAGUCACCAAGGUUGAACAUAUAACAUAUUUGAAAGCAAAGUCUAACGGUGGAAGACCCGGAAAACCCGAACACACCGCUCGGUUAUGUGUAAAGAUAAAAACUACGUUUGUGUUUUUUGUAAAGGAAAAUGGCUGAAUUUGUGUUUUUGUGGUUUUCUGUACUGUUGGUUGAUCUGAUUUGAUUUUGACUGCUUCAGUUUUACAGGUGGAUCUCAAGUCAACGUGUU